AUGACGGUUCCCGAGUCUUGCACUGUCCUGGUUGCUGGAGGCGGACCUGGUGGCUCCUAUGCCGCUGCAGCCCUGGCGAGGGAGGGCGUUGAUGUUGUUCUGCUUGAGGCGGACAGACACCCCCGCUACCAUAUUGGCGAAAGCAUGCUUCCUUCCAUUAGGCCGUUGCUGCGGCUGAUAGAUUUGGAUGAAACCUUUGAUAAACACGGGUUUCAAAAAAAGCUCGGAGCAGCUUUCAAGCUCACCGCCAAGCGCGAAGGAUAUACUGAUUUUGUAGCUGAUCAUGGCCCCAAAGGCCAUUCCUGGAAUGUUAUCAGAUCCGAAAUGGAUGAGCUCAUGUUCAAUCACGCAGAAAAAUGCGGUGCAAAAGCUGUUCAUGGCAUCAAGGUUGAUUCUUUGGAUUUCGAGGUCACCGGGGCAUCAGAGUUUCCGGAAGGCGAAAAGGUGGCAAACCCGGGCCGUCCCGUUUCUGCAAAGUGGUCGGCCAAAGAUGGGACCUCUGGAGUUAUCAAGUUCAAAUACCUAGUAGACGCUACCGGUCGCGCUGGUCUGGUUUCGACAAAGUACCUCAAGAACCGCAAAUUCAACGCCGGCUUGAAGAACCUGGCAAUCUGGGGUUACUACAAGGGUUGGAAGCCUUGGGCUGAGGGCACUCCGAGAGAGAACCAGCCUCUAUUUGAGGGCAUGCAAGACGGCUCCGGCUGGGUGUGGACUAUUCCUCUGCACAAUGGUACCAUUUCGGUAGGCGCCGUCACGCGUAAGGAUCUCUUUGAGGAGAAAAAGAAGAGCCUUGGCGAGGGCGUCACUAGCGCGCAGAUCAUGGAGCAGUGCAUCCAGCUCUGCCCCACGGUGCAGGGUAUUCUAAGCUCCGCCGAGCUCGUCACCGAUAUCAAACAAGCCACUGAUUACUCGUACUCGGCUUCUGCUUACGCCGGACCCAACUUCCGCCUUGUAGGCGAUGCCGGGUGCUUCAUUGACCCUUUCUUUUCAUCUGGCACCCACCUGGCGAUGACGGGAGCGCUUUCGGCGGCCGUGUCCAUCAUGGCGUCGCUCAAAGGUGAUUGUAGCGAGUACGAUGCUGCUAAGUUCCACGCGAAGAAGGUGAAUGAGGGUUAUAGUCUCUUCUUGCUCGUAGUCCUGGCUGCUCUGAAGCAGAUUCGGAUGCAAGAGAAGCCGGUCUUGAGCGACAUUGAUGAGGAUGGGUUUGAUCAAGCCUUCCAGUUCCUCAAGCCCAUCAUUCAAGGUUCCGGCUCCUCCCAUAUCACCAAGCCCUUCAGUCACGCAGACAUCACUCGGACCAUAGACUUUGCUGUGCAGGCACUUGAUGCGUUCCCUACUCCCGAAAAUCUAGAAGCUUCCCAAUCCAACGGCAAUGCCAAGCCUGAGCCAGAACUCGUGACGACUCCUGACCAGGGUGUCUUGACUGGAUUCAAGAUUCUCGAGCAGGCGGCACCGAACGCUGAUAUGAGCAGGUUUGGGGGCACGGCUAUCGAUGGUCUGCUGCCCCGCCUGGAGCAUGGUAGACUGGGCCUUAUUAAGGUUUAAAUAAUUAGAUUAU